GGCGUAAAAUAUACAGUGAAUUGUAUAUUUCAAUAGGCUUGGUGUGCACUUUGGUCAGUCUUUCCUACUCCGUGUGAACCACAGAUGCCCGCCCGCGUGAACAGAAUACUGUGAAGAGAUGCUAAUGAGUAACUCAGCAACUUCGCCCUACCUCAAGUUAUCUCCGUUUUGUAAUAUUAUUUUAUGACUGUAACGUUAAUGGAAGUGAUCUACUCGGAAUGAAGCUAGUACUGUACUACAUCAGCGUACAUUUGCUCUAUAUUAUAAACACCGUUUCAAUAACAUAACAGGCAAAUACAGCUGAGUUGUUUUGAAUGAAAUCCUUAACACACACCUAAAUGGAUCUGAAAACGAAUUCAGACACAAGUCACCUGGGUUCCAUGGAGACAGACGAUGGCAUUAUUUCAGUUCAAAUCCUAGAAUUUAAAACAAGUCUUCUGGAUGUGGUACAAGAGCUGCACAUUAGGAGGGAUGCGGAAACUCGAUAUGAGGAACAGAUCAAUAAACUGGUCCUGGAGAAGCAAGAAUUGGAGUGGCAAAAGGAAUCUGUCCAGCACCAGAUCAGCUCAGUGACCAAUCAGCAUAAUGAGGCUCUUGAUACUGUGAAGAAAAGGUUUCAGGCCCAAAUUGGAAGCCUGGAGGAAGAUAAGGGAAGGCACCAGCUCACAGCCGAGUUGAGAGAAAAGGAGAUGAUCAGUCUUAAGGAGGAGCUCAAAACAUUGCAGCUGUGCAAGUACAGUAUGGAGAAGAAGUUGAGCGAACUGUCCCAGGAGCAGAAGCUUGAGCUGCAGACAGAGAGUAAAGACGGCCACCUGAAGCAGCUGGGGGAGGUAGAGCAGCGCUUCGGGACGGUGUCGCGCCAGUGUACCAUCCUCAAGCAGGCCCACGACAGACUGCAGCAGAACGUGGAAGAGGCCAUCAAAAUCAACAAGAAGAUUACUACUGUGAAUAAAAGUCAAGAAUCAAAAAUAAAUACAUUAACCCAGGAUGUGAAGAGGCUGCAGGGCGAGCUGAUCAAGGCGAGGGUGUCGUCUGCGUACCAGUCGGGAGAGGAGAGCUCCAGCCUCCGAGAGCGCGAGCGGCAGAUCCAGCAGCUUCAGCAGCGGCUGCAGAUGGAAAUGGAGCUGAACAGCAAACUUCAGUAUGAGAAUGAUGCUGCUCACUUGGAAAAACAGGGAGUGAUGAACUCCCUGCAGCAGGCCCAGCAGUUGGUGCACACACAGACCCUGGCUCUCAGUCGAUCUGAGGCGGAGCUCCUCACUCAGAGAGAGGAGUAUCAGGCCCUUAAAAGACAGCACGAGCUGGUUCUGGAAGAAGCCAAGGGGAAGGAGGAAGGAUUUGGUCGUCUGAAGGAGGAGUGCAAGAAUGACAACAUCCUGUGGGAAAUAGAGAAACAGGCGCUGCAGCAGCAGAUCCAGAGCCAGGAGGAGGAGCUGCGCUCAGUGAAGGAGGCCUAUGAGCAUCUCCACCACAAGCACAAGCAGCUCUCCGCCGCCAGGCUACAGGCUGACCACAGACACAGCCUGGAGUAUGGACCGAUGUACAGCACAGAUGGAGACAGCGAGGUUGCUGAUGGCCAGCAGCCAACAGAUGCACACAGUAAACGUGUAUCCUCUGACGAGCAGAUUGAUCCUGUCAGGGCAGAACAAAACUGUACACAAGGGAAUGACACUACAAAUUCUGAAGCUGAGCCAGAUAAAAUCAUUGAAGCCGCUGAGGCUCAGGAGAUGGCAGCAGACAGCUUUCCUUCCAGGCCACACUCGGACUUUCAUGUCGAGACUCAGCCUGCCCAAGCUGAUACACCACCACCUCACCACCCGGAUGCGGAAGAAAACAGACAGAGUUGCCCCCUUGACCAUUCGGGACUCGGACAGACAGGAAGUCCCGUUGCCCCAGUUCUGCCCAAAUCUGUUGCCAAAGAUGGAUCGGAUGAUCCAGUGGUAAGCGAGCCAACAAAUCCCAACGUCAACCAAGCCCCUGGCCUCUAUGAGCACAAUCAGUCCAGCGCCUCACUGAAUGUUGAUGAGCUGCCUGUGGCAGACAAAAGCAGCAGUGACAGCAGCAGUAGAGGUAUGGUCCACUGGAGUGGAGAGCUAUCUGUAGCUGAGACCAGCUCUGUUUAUGGUGCUGAGAAUGACCCUGUGGCUGGAGGGAAGGGGGAGGUGGGAGUGCAGCAGACUCUGUGUACCCCUGAGGCAAGACAUCCCCAGUCACCAGAUAAGGGCUCAGACAGUCAGGCAGUCGCUCCAGCACAGGGCCCGGUCUGCACAGAGACCCAGCCCCAGACACCAGCGGCAGAAGCCGCGCCACACAAUGCUUCCACCUCCCAAACAGCAGGUGAGUGUGAAACCGUUGCCUCAGCCCCUGAAACAGAUCAGGCACGUCAGUUUACCGGUGAUGGGCCUAUCAAGGUUGCCGCUUCCGCACAGCUGGACAACAACAGCGCUGAUAUUCCCCAAGGUCUACACACACCCAUCUCACAAUCACAGCAGCCAGCUGAGCCAAGCUCCUCACAAUGUCUGGACCAACCACAGAAUGACCUCUCCCAUCUUGCUCUGCAGUCUAGAGAUGACCUGAGCAGCUGUGUCCCAGAGGCAAAACAUCUCCAUAUCCAGAAUGAAGAAUGCUUACCUGUGACUAGAGAGAAAGUGGAAGCAGUCCAAGGGGUCAACCCUGAGAAGCAUGUUCCAGCUGUAACCGCAGACGCUAAAUGCAGCUAUGUCUCCGCUAACAUGGGCUCCCCUGAAUUAUUCCCUCCAACAUCCUCUGCCGUGGAAGCAGACCCACCACAAGUAGCCAGGCCCUCUGAAGAAACGCGUUCCAGUGACGGCCAAGAGCACCAGGGCAGCAUUCCUGCAGACGCUCAAGUCACACCUCAGACGUCAAACGCUGAAGCGGAGGGUGACGAGAGGUCACCUUUUCGAGCGGCGGACCAUCGAGGUGCCCCGGGGACAAAGCCGCACAGGUCCUCCUUUGUGUGGGGGGGUGCGCUGCCUAAAAGCCCGCCGCUGCUGAUGGGUUCACACGGCGCGGAGGGCUCUCCCGGUGACACCCAGGGCAGUGCUGUCUGCACCGUGUCCACGGCAGCUCCGGGGCCUGCCGUGUCAGAGCACAGAUCCACAACACCACACUGGAGAUUCCUGGAAGUUCCCUCCACCCUCUCAGCCCCUAUCUUUCAGCAAGACAGACUUAACAAAAGAGAUUCAGCAGCUAAUGCAAGAAGUGCAGGAGGGUCAGAUGGCUGUGGCAUCCACCCAGGCCACAAACGAGACCAGCAGGAGACCUGGAAUGUCAUCAGACAGAGCCUCAGUGAGAUGGCCGUGGGGAUGGAGAGCAGAGUGUCCAUCGCCUUCAGCGCCCCAGCGAGUGGCACGCCAGCGGCAGCACCUCUCCCCGGGGGUAAUCGUUUGCGACAGGAUUGUCCUCCCUCCAGAUCCCUCAUCCACCCACGCCAUCAGAGCCUCACAACGACGCAGAGCUCGCAGGCCAAACAAGAGUGGCCGAGUGACGACAUCCGAGCCCAGAUAGCAAAGAUUGAGCAGUUUUUGAGCUCAGAGGGGGUGCCAUCAGUCCAGGCCAACAUCUGCUCCAGACAUUGUCUUCUCCUCUUAUCGUGAUCCGUGAAGAGGCUCACUUCCGUCACAUCCAGGUUGGCUGAUUGACAG